CGAAGCAAGCAUCCCAUACAGUGAGGAUACGAUUUCAACUCCAUUUUCAAUUUGCAUCUUUACUUGCGCACAAUGGCCCCGUCAUCCCAAGAUAUCUCCCAGUUCACUGCCAUUACGCAGGCGUCGGAGGAUGAAGCCGUCCACUGGCUCGAGUCCAGUGGCAGUCUCGAGGCCGCAGUGCAGGACUACUUGACUGCCCAGGAUGCUGCUGGUACCGCUGGAGCAGGGGACGAUCUCCCUGGUAAUGAAGCACCUAGUCUGGCUACUACUGGCGGAGCCUCUGGUGCUCGCACCCUUUCCGGUGCUCCGGUCCAAGAUACUGUUCCCGCCGGAUGGGGUCAACCUCAAAGAUCUCAAUUUGGACGUAUUCAGCAUAAUGAUAAUGACCGAGGCGAUGAUGACAAAGACCCUGAAGAACUCUUCGCUGGUGGAGGCAAGAACAGUGGGUUAGCCGUCCAGAAUCCUGAUGAUGCUCCGGGGUCUGGCAACUCUUUGGUGGAUAAGAUCCUGAAGGCUGCUAGUAGGAACGGCGCCCCCCCUCCUCGGUCAAAUGAGCCUGCUGCGCCACCCGGCCGUUCGGCCUUCUUUGGCGGAGCAGGUAACACUCUCGGCUCUGACGAAACUCCUUCAACUUCCGUAGCCUCUGAGCAACCUUCUCAAUCUCCCGGACCUUCAGUUCAGACCGGGGGGAUGCCUGGAGGUUUUGGUGGUCUUGGGGCUAUUCCCCCUGGAUUGAUGGAGCAACUCAUGAAUCAGAUGAGUGGUCGAUCUGGCGCACCUCCUUCUGCUCUGUCACCUGGACCUAGCAACAUUGAUCACAUUGAUCCUUCUCGAAUCUCUACCGAUGAGAACGGCGAGACUGUCGUUCACCGUAGCCUCACUUUCUGGCGAAACGGCUUCUCUAUUGAAGACGGCCCUUUGCUCGCGUACGAUGAGCCCCAGAACAGGCACCUUCUCCAAGCAUUGGAAGAGGGCCGAGCUCCCUCAGCUGCAUUCGGUGUGCCUUUCGAUCAGAGAGUGAAUGUGGAGGUUCAUCAGAGGAGAAGAGAGGAUUAUGUAGCUCCGAAGAAAAAGAUGAAGGCGUUUGUAGGUGGUGGUCAGAGAUUGGGCGAUGCUGUGCCGGAAGUGGCGAGCGGUAGCGCUAGUCCCAUGCCUGGAUCAUUGCCUACCUCAUCUUCCAACAUUGGUGAAAACACUGGUAGAGGUACUUCGGGCGAAACCAAGUUUGAAGUGGAUCCUUCCAAACCCACGACAAACAUACAGUUGCGUUUCGGUGAUGGCUCUCGGCAAGUAGCCCGGGUCAACCUGGAUCACACCAUUGCCGACUUGCGUUCGUACGUCACUGCUGCUCGUUCCGACUCUCGACCUUUUGUUCUCCAAACCACUUUCCCUUCAAAGGAGCUUUCAGACAUGAACGAGACGGUAGAAGGAGCCAAGUUGCAAAAUGCCGUGGUUGUCCAACGUUUUGUUUAGUAUGAUAUUCAGUACUUAGAAGAAUGUAAUACCUAUGCACAUGUAUAAAUAAAUGGUCUAGA